ACUGGUUUGCUUCCCUUCAUCGGGAUUCCCAAAAAUAUGGAGAGUGCACUCAAUCUAACGGCGAAGCUGGUGUUUUUGCUGGUCCUGAUCUAUGGCUGUUAUGGUGACCUUCAAGAUCUCUCAGGUAAGGUGUUCGUAAUCCCAACGCCGACAAGGACCUCACACAUAAAGCUCCAUGCCAACGUCUCAAAGCCCAUUUCUGCUAUGACCAUGUGUCAGAGGUUCAACUCUGAGCUAGAACGAGGCCAGUCCCUUUUUUCUCUGGCAACCCAGUCUCAUGACAAUGAUUUGUUGUUGUACAAACGCUCCAUGGGUGUGUACCGAGUGCAUAUCAGGGGAGAUAUACUGGAUUUCUUCAGUUUGCCAGAUUCAAAAAAUGAAUGGAUCUCCAUCUGCUGGACCUGGGACUCGAAAACUGGUCUGACCCAGCUGUGGGUUAAUGGGAAGCGAAGUGCACGGAGGAUUCUUAAACCUGAUACAUCUGUAACUGGCACACCAAGUAUAAUGUUAGUUCAAGAGCAAGACAGUUAUGGCGGAGGUUUUGAUGCCUCACAAUCCUUUGUGGGGGAAGUUACUGACGUCCACUUCUGGGACAGUGUCAUCUCUCCCUGUGAAAUACAAAUGUAUAUGGAGUUGAAUAGAUUUAAUCCAGGAAAUAUUCUCAACUGGAAAGACUUGCAGUUCAGUAUUGAGGGAAAAGUGUUCAUAGAGAAAAGUGAAUUGAAAAAUGAAUGUCAUAAUUAUUAGCAAAAAAAAUUGCUCAGAUGUGAUCAGCAUUCUUAUAUAUUUAGUUGGUUCCUGAAAAUUGACUGAAUACACAUUUACAAGUAGAGAAUGUAACAGAUUCUGCUGUGUCAUACUGUUGUUUAUGUCUUGAAUCAAAUCAAUAAA